CGGACGCACAGAUCCGCGGCUGGGACGGACACUUAAACUUCGGGAUCCCGAGGCGGUCCGGGCUACGGGAGAGAGUCAUUUUUAAUUGAGGAAAGCUGCUUCUACUGGGAGUGGCAGGAGAAGUGAGAAAACCACAUGGAAGACUCCCAGGAUUUAAAUGAACAAUCAGUAAAGAAAACGUGCACAGAAUCAGAUGUUUCAGAACCUCAGAAUUCCAGGUCUAUGGAAAUGCAGGACCUAGCAAGUCCUCAUACUCUUGUUGGAGGUAGUGAUCCUCCUGGUAGCUCCAAACUGGAUAAAUCUAAUCUCAGCAGUACAUCAGUCACUACAAAUGGGACAGGAGGGGACAACAUGACUGUUUUAAACACAGCAGACUGGUUGCUGAGUUGCAACACCCCCUCUUCUGCAACAAUGUCUCUUCUUGCAGUCAAAACAGAGCCCUUGAACAGCAGUGAAACCACAACCACGACUGGAGAUGGAGCGCUUGACACUUUUACUGGGUCAGUCAUAACAAGCAGUGGCUACAGCCCCAGAUCAGCACAUCAGUAUUCCCCACAGCUAUAUCCUUCCAAGCCCUAUCCACACAUUCUUUCUACACCAGCAGCUCAAACAAUGUCUGCCUAUGCGGGCCAGACUCAGUAUUCGGGGAUGCAGCAGCCAGCCGUCUACACAGCCUACUCACAGACAGGACAGCCCUACAGCCUGCCCACUUACGAUUUGGGUGUGAUGUUGCCAGCCAUCAAGACAGAGAGUGGACUUUCCCAAACUCAGUCCCCAUUACAGAGUGGCUGCCUCAGUUACAGCCCAGGGUUUUCUACCCCACAGCCAGGCCAGACACCCUAUUCUUACCAAAUGCCAGGUUCUAGUUUUGCACCAUCAUCUACUAUUUAUGCAAAUAAUUCAGUUUCCAAUUCAACGAAUUUCAGUGGUUCACAACAGGAUUAUCCAUCCUAUACAGCCUUUGGCCAAAACCAGUAUGCACAGUACUACUCAGCAUCAACGUAUGGAGCAUAUAUGACAUCAAAUAACACGGCCGAUGGCACACCGUCUUCCGCCUCAACCUAUCAGUUGCAGGAGUCUCUCCCAGGAUUGACUAACCAACCAGGAGAGUUUGAUACCGUGCAGAGCCCCUCCACACCCAUCAAAGAUCUUGAUGAGAGAACAUGUAGGAGUUCUGGGUCAAAGUCCAGAGGAAGAGGCCGGAAAAAUAAUCCCUCCCCACCUCCUGACAGUGACCUGGAGCGUGUGUUUGUCUGGGAUUUGGAUGAAACCAUCAUUGUUUUUCACUCACUGCUCACAGGGUCUUAUGCACAGAAGUAUGGCAAGGAUCCCCCCAUGGCUGUAACCCUUGGACUCCGUAUGGAGGAAAUGAUUUUUAAUCUUGCUGAUACACAUUUGUUUUUUAAUGAUUUAGAGGAGUGUGAUCAAGUUCAUAUAGAUGAUGUUUCCUCUGAUGAUAAUGGGCAGGAUUUAAGUACCUACAGUUUUGCAACUGAUGGCUUCCAUGCAGCUGCAAGUAGUGCAAACCUUUGUUUGCCAACAGGUGUAAGAGGAGGAGUGGACUGGAUGAGGAAGUUGGCUUUUCGUUACAGAAGAGUAAAAGAAUUAUAUAACACCUACAAGAACAAUGUUGGAGGACUCCUUGGCCCUGCCAAAAGGGACGCAUGGCUACAGUUAAGGGCAGAGAUUGAAGGUCUGACAGAUUCCUGGCUAACAAAUGCACUUAAGUCUUUAUCAAUUAUUAGUACUAGGAGUAACUGUGUAAAUGUCUUGGUAACGACAACCCAACUGAUCCCAGCACUCGCGAAGGUUCUGCUCUAUAGUUUAGGAGGUGCUUUCCCCAUUGAGAAUAUUUACAGUGCAACCAAAAUAGGAAAAGAAAGUUGCUUUGAACGAAUAAUGCAAAGGUUUGGCAGAAAAGUAGUGUAUGUUGUAAUUGGGGAUGGUGUAGAAGAAGAACAGGCAGCAAAAAAGCACAACAUGCCCUUUUGGAGGAUAUCAAGUCACUCAGACCUCUUGGCUCUACAUCAAGCACUGGAAUUAGAGUAUUUGUAACUGUGUUCUCUAGCUGGAGAUCCAUUUUUUAUAUUUCAAGUACACUGAAUUUUUAUGUGUGAUUCAAUGCCUCUGGCUCUACACAUAUAAAUUGUCUUAAAGGAUGAAAUCAUAUUUGGAAUGAAAAUUCCAGAAUGAAGAAUUCAGAUUGCUGAAUGGAAUUAAACUUUAGUGCUACAGAAAGGAAGCUCUAUGGUCUUAUAUUUACAACACUUUAAUGGGUUUAAAAAAAAAAAAAUCUGUGGAGGUUGCUGAUACACACCGAAUGAGUCCUAACUGGAAUUAACAGCUUUAGCAAAGAACUCUUACCCUGGCAAAGCAGCAACACACAUGCUCCGUCUGACAAGGUCAACAACAUUCCUCAUAAUGGGAGAUCUUCUCAGCCCUGAGGUUUGAAUCUGACUUUAGCCUACCUAGCCCAGAAAAUCUGAAUUGGAAUGCACUCAGACUGUAUAAGGACAGUCCUAACUAGACCUGUAAUUUGUGUAAAUUAUUCAUGAAAAUAAUUUACUGUGACUUUAUUAGCAGCUGACUUUGAAAGUGGAUGCAAUUUUUCUUUCAUUUGUCUGGGAGGGGAGAGGGAGGGGAAAUGGGAAUAUAAUAUUGUCUCUUUUUUAAGUUUGGCAAACAGAAUGUUCAUACUGAUGUGUUGUGCCUUAAAGACAAGACAGCGUUUGUGUGUUACAAUGUAACUUUGGUUAAAAUCUCUGUAGAUAAUGAAAACCAAAAACCUUUGUGAUAAUUCUUAACAUGACCAAAUUUCAAAUUCAAGCUAUCAAAGCUUAAUACUGCAUCAGCAAGAAACUGAGUAUUUGUUGCAAUAAGGAAACAACAAUGAGAAUAAAGGAAAGCUUGUGUUUUAUUUGGGUUCUUAAUAAUUCCAAUAAUUGUAUGAGGCAACUAUUUGUGCAUCCAACCGUAAACAGAAGGUUUGGGAAAGACUGUGGGACCUUUACUUAGAAAGCAAAAUGUACGUAGAAGUCUCAAGUACCCCUUCUACAGUUUUACUGGAGAAAACUAAGAGCCAUAUUCAUGAUGACCUGCCCGAUUUUGAUUUUGAGACUUUUUGAUAUGUGUAAGUUGCAUAGAGGAAGAUACUAUCAUGCAAAUCAUAAGCAAUUAUCACCCAAACUUUUUGAGAAUAUGCCAUGGAUGUGGCUUAAAAUCCACAGUGUGUGAACAUGGCUUAAAAUAAAGUUAAGUGUGUUUUAUUCCCAAUGCCAUUGUGAAAUGAUAUGUCAUCAGUAAUGGAAGGCGGAUGUCCCAGAUGGCUUCUAAUGAAAAAAGCGAGUCUAUGAAAAUUUUACCUAAAAUAUCAUCAUAAAGUAAAUUAGCAAGUGAGCUGGAUCUUGGCAACGUUACUGAAAUCACAGCAGUAAAAUAGUACCUGGUUCUCUGUCUUAACACAUCAAUGCAGGUUCUCUUCGUCACAGACUUGCAAACGACAGUUUCUGCCUGUACUGUUACUGCACAAUGGACAGCAUUCAUUGCAAGGAGAACCUGUCAUCAUUGUGUUUACAGGUUUUUUUUUCUUCCUGUGUAGCCCAUGCUGGGAACACUGUACAGGUUCUCCUGUCAUUUCCUACGACAAGAUUUCCCUUGUGGAAAUUUAAGACUUCAAGAUCUAGAGUAUUUUAAUGGUGUCUGCACCUGCAUUUCUGUGUCUGAAAUGUCAUAAUGUGGAUCCUGCAAUCCAGCUACUCAUCAGUGCCCCUAACUAGAGGCUGGUUCAUGACAGUUCAUCAACUGAGGCUUCUGUGGCUUCCAUAGGUCGCACUGUGCUCACGGAUCAUAACGUUCACUAUGGAAAUAUGAUUUUAUUUCUUCAGGCUAUGAAUUGAAUCUGUAUUUCUUUACUGAGUGCUAAGGCCAUAUUUAUGUUGGGCAGAAAGGUAGUGAGAUCUUAAUUUUGCAUAAGAUUGUGACUUCAUCACAUAAACUUUAAAUGUACUCUUUAAAUUUUGUAGUUUUUGGUUACCUCUGCCCCACAUACUGUUCCAGACAAAUUAAGGUUGGAAUACUUUUAACAAUAAUAAUAUUAAAUCUUACACUUCUGUUGGCCUUUAGCUUGAAAAGAGCAGUUAAAAAAAUGUAAGUAUUGCAUUGAUUAUCAGUACUUAAUUACUUUGGGCGCUAAAACCUUAACUAUUUAUUACUGUGAAAAAAAACAAAAUUAUCUUUACUGUAUAGCCGGUUUCUUUAAGUGAUAGAAUUGUGGAAUUACAUCUAAAUUUGUAAUUCUUUUUUAUAUCAAACAAGCAAGGUUUCUUAUGCUGCUAAACUUGCAGGUGCAGAAAGAAACACCCCUUGGAAGGGCAAAGAGAAGCAGGCUGAUUGCAUUGCCCGGGGCUGUUUCUCACACACACCUUUUUUCCUGAUUCUGUGUUCAGAAGAGGCUGCCAGCAUAAAACCUAACUGCUAGGUUGACCGAGAAUAGCUUGUCUGGCACAACGAUGGUUCAGGCCAACAAGCCAGCAUCACGGCUUGGUCGUGUGACUUUGAGCAUGCUUAGACUAGAACUCUUCCCUUCCCACCUUAGGAAGAGCAAUUCCUCUUCCUUUCUGAUCUGAAAAAACAAAAAACAAACCAACAAAGAAAAAGCCAGCCCCUUUGGCAAUUCCCACAUUCUAUUUACAUAUAGAAUAUUGUGCCUUAUUGUAAACUGGUUUGAAAAAUGUUCUGUAACUAAAAUGGGUUUUCAGCUACUACACAUACAAACUUGGUAUAUCUCUAGGAAAGAUAACCACCUUGUGUUGCACCUUAAAGAUAUCAAGACCAUGCAAUUUCAGUAACAAAAUAGGCGGCCUGGCUGCAAUAUUAUAGCAUACGAUUAAGACACUAUACCCCUGCAAAAAUUUGUAAAUUAAAUUCAGAGACAAAAAGAUAUUUUAGAGUCAUGCAGUUUGUGCACCAAGGUAGGUAAUAACUGUCUCUAAAAAUGUUUUUUCCUUAGUGUUUGGUGAGCUAAGAUUCAACAUAGUGUCAACAGCAUGCUCCAGUAUGAAGCUGUUUUUUUUUUUUAAGCACAUUUGUUUAUGACAGGCCUACAUUCUCAGUGAAUAUGGCAUUUAGUAUUUCUUUUAAAAACAAACUUAAACAUCAUGAGCCAAAGUUGCAUUUUGACUCCCAACUAUGAUAUCGUUAUGGAAAUCUCACAAAGUCAAGGGUUUGUGUUAUGUAUUAGUAAAAUAUAGAUUAUCGGGGCCUACAUAAUUUAAAGAAAUGUAAAUUAAUAUUAAAAGCUUGUAAAAAUAUGUACAUCUUUACUAUUUCUCAAUAAAUACCUUUGCAAAUGUU